AUGGUCAGAGACCCUGGACAUGAUACAUGAGAUGGUCAAAGACUGCAGACAUGGUACAAGAGAUGGUCAGAGACUCUGGACAUGAUACAUGAGAUGGUCAAAGACUGCAGACAUGAUACAUGAGAUGGUCAAAGACUGCAGACAUGGUACAAGAGAUGGUCGGAGACUGCAGACCGGAUACAGGAGAUGGUCAGAGACUGCAGACAUGGUACAAGAAAUGUUCAGAGACUGCAGACAGGAUACAGGAGAUGGUCAGAGACUGCAGACAUGGUACAAGAGAUGUUCAGAGACUGCAGACAGGAUACAGGAGAUGGUCAGAGACUGCAGACAGGAUACAGGAGAUGGUCAGAGACUGCAGACGAUACAA